CAGCUUUGAGACGCAGCAGCCGCAGCAGCAAACGCAACAGCAGCAAUACCGCUGCAGGAUUUUCAGCGGUCGCCCAACCAAGCAGUAGCCAAAGGAAUAGAGAAUUUUUCCCAAAAGGAUGCGGAGUCGCACGGAACUGGUGACCACCACUUUCGAGGAGAGCGACGAGGAUGACUUCAGUCCCGACGACGAUUCCGACUCGGAGGAGGACUGGCGGCCCACCAAGAAGCGUCCGGCGAAGCCAUCUGGCUCGGAUGGCGGCAGGAAACGGAAGUCAACGGCGGCCGCCGCCUCGAAGGCGAAGCGCCGGAUGGCCAAGGUGAGCGACGAGGAGUCGGAGGACGAGGAUGACCUAGAAACGGAUCCCAGCGACGACGACUUCGACUUCCCAUCGGCCAGCACCUCAAAGCGGCCGCAAAGUCUGCCGCCCAAGAAGCAGUUCGUGAAGCUCAACCAACUGGAUUUGCUGGUCAAGAAGUCGGAUCUCCGCGAAAGCGACUGGCUGAAGAACAAUCGACUGUGUCUGUGGCGCAAGGAUGACCAGACGAAUUUACUGCAAAAGUAUCUGCGGGUCAAGUCGGCUUCCGAGGAGGAGGAACUGCUCUUCACCUCCAGUUCGGUGUACUCCAGUUGGGAUGAUCAGCAGACCAGCGAUUUCGUAGAAGUUAAAGUCAACUGUUUGGAUCCCAAUAAUAGACGCAUUAAACUGCACGAUCUGGAGGCGGUUAAGAAAAUCUCCAAGGAAUUGCAAUCAGAGCGGAAUAAAAACCAAACAUCUGACAAAGAAGAAACUUCGGAGGCGGAAGACGAAAAGCCAGAUGAAGCCGAUUCUUAAACAACUAUUAAUUAUACAGAAAACUAACAUUUUCUUUAGUAUUUAAAACUAGUUGGCCAAGUUAGCGUUAAACAACAAAUUUCCUUACAACAGCAGCCAUGUGAAGAUAACUUUAAAUUUAAUUUAGUAAAUUAAAGGAGCCAGAAAAACAAAAGAAAAAUCGAAAGAAAAUCAAACACUUGAAAAAUAUCAAUUCAAAA